AUGAGUGUUCUGCGAAGAGUUUCCCUCUCCAAGCCUUCCGGUGAGGCAGGCAAGUCGUGGCCCGGCAUCGCCAUUGGCUUUUUCGUCGCCUUUGGUGGCGUGCUGUUUGGCUAUGAUACUGGAACAAUUUCGGGUAUCCUGGCCAUGCCAUACUGGCAGACCGAGUUUAGCACUGGAUACAUCAACCCCAAGGGGCAUCUUGACGUCACGACCAACCAGGAGUCCGCCAUUGUCUCUAUCCUCUCCGCCGGCACCUUCUUUGGUGCCCUGGCCUCGCCCUUUCUGGGUGACUACAUAGGCCGUCGGCUGGCUCUCAUUAUUUCCACCUGGGUCUUCAAUCUUGGAGUCGCUUUGCAGGCCGCCUCGACUGCCAUUCCGCUGUUCCUGGCCGGCCGGUUCUUCGCUGGCCUGGGCGUCGGCUUGAUAUCUGCCCUGGUCCCUCUGUACCAGUCCGAGACGGCACCCAAGUGGAUUCGAGGCGCCAUUGUUGGCGCCUACCAGUUUGCCAUCACCAUUGGUUUGCUCCUCGCCGCCAUUGUCAACAAUGCUACAUCCAACCGAAACGACUCGGGCAGCUACCGGAUUCCAAUUUCGGUGCAAUUUGCCUGGUCUCUUGUUCUCUUUGGGGGAUUGCUUAUUCUUCCCGAGACGCCUCGCUACUUGGUUCGAUCCGGGAAGCAUGAAAAGGCCGCCAAAGCCCUGGGAAGGCUCCGCCGACUUCCACCGGACCACCCUGCCGUGCGCUCGGAGCUGGACGAAGUCAAAGCUCACCACGACUAUGAGAUGAGCCUCGGGGCUGCCACAUACCUCGACUGUUUCCGUCGUUUCAAUAUCAAGAAGCAAUUCACAGGCAUGGCCCUGCAGGCGCUUCAGCAGCUCACUGGCAUCAACUUCAUCUUCUACUACGGCACCAAAUAUUUUCAGAAUUCCGGCGUGUCGUCUGGGUUUGUCAUUCAAAUGAUCACGUCGUCCAUCAAUGUGGUUUCUACCAUACCUGGCAUGUACGCCAUUGACAAAUGGGGACGGCGUCCGUUGCUCUUCUUUGGCGCUAUUGGCAUGUGUAUAUCGCAAUUCAUUGUCGCAAUGACGGGUACAUUGUCCUCGGGCCAACACCCCAAUGGCGACAUUUACGUCACAAACUUGGCGGGCCAAAAGGCUGCCGUCGCCUUCUCCUGCAUCUACAUCUUCUUCUUUGCCUCGACCUGGGGACCACUGGCUUGGGUGGUCACUGGCGAGAUCUUUCCGCUUAAGCUCCGUGCCAAGUCUCUCAGCCUUACUACAGCCACAAACUGGCUCUUCAACUGGGCCAUUGCGUACUCGACUCCCUAUCUUGUCAACUAUGGUCCCGGCUUUGCGAAUCUGCAGUCCAAGAUUUUCUUCAUCUGGUUCGGUUGCUGCUUCAUCUGCAUUGCUUUCGUCUACUUCUUCAUCUACGAAACCAAGGGCCUCACCCUGGAGGAGAUCGACCUGCUCUACACCGAGGUCAAGUCUGCGAGGAAGUCAACAAAGUGGAGACCCAACGACACAUGGGUGCAUCGACAGAGUGUGGCCAAGCAAGGCAGUGUCGCCGGAGAUGGGCCCACGACUGUGGCCGAUGCCGAUGGCAUCCCUGGCACCUCACACUUGGAAAAGAAUGGAAACACGGCAUAA